AUGGCGGCCGCCACUCUGAUACUAGCAGCGGCAGUGCUAGUUGUACUUUCACUGCUUGUCAAAUCGGUGUUAAGCACUCUAAGAGCUAUUCGCUCGCCGCUGCGUGAUAUACCAGGGCCAUGGUACGCCCCGCUGACCACGAUACACCUCAAAUGGGGCUUCUCAACGGGAGAGAUCUGGAAGACCGUGGAGGAAGCCCACUCCAAUUAUGGUUCUAUCGUUCGUCUCGGCCCGCGCCAGAUCUGGGUGUCAGACAAAGACGCCCUCAAGCAGAUCUUGGUCAAGGUGGACCUGCCCAAGGUUGCCAUGUAUUCUGAAAUCUCUCGAGACAAGCUCAGUCCUGGUCUCUUUGGGGAGAUCCGGUACGAGCCUCACAAGAAACUGAAGCGCUUCCUGUCACCAGCCUUCACUGUCAACUACAUCGACAACCUGGAGUCUUUCUUCCAACACACCGUUCGAGCACUGCUGUCCAAGUACCAGAAUACAAUCGACCGCGAUCUCCAACUUGCCAAACAUACCGGCUUCCAGGUGGAUCUGAUGGAAGACCUCCACAACGUAGCUCUCGACAUCAUGGGAGAAUGCUCCUUCGGCAAGGGCUUCGGGCAGACAAACCCAGACCAGACCGAGGUGGAGAACGGCGUGGACGAGCAGGUAUGGAAGUCGAUCCCGCGCUCCAUCUUCGAUGGGCUCGCGAAGCGGUACCGGACCGUCUACGUCAAGAAGUUCUUCCGGAAGCUCGGGUGGGACAUCAAGUUCGACUGGCCGGCCGAGAUGAUCACCGCCAUCGACGCGGUCGUCCGCCGCCGCAGCGCCAAGGCCGGCAAGGAGGGCGCCGACGUGGAGCGCCAGGACCUGCUGCAGCACAUGAUCGACGAGGGCCGCAAGCCCGACACGGGCACGGUCAUGACAAGCCGCGACAUCAUCGACCAGAUGGCCGAGGUGCUGCUCGCCGGGUCCGAGACCACCAGCGGCACCGUCGCGUGCCUGUUCCUCGAGCUGGCGCGCACCCCGGAUGUGCGGGCGAAGCUGCUGGCCAGCCUGCCUCCUCGCGCUGUCAUGGACGAGGACAUCAUCACGUCCAAGACGGUGCGGACGGACCCGCGGUACGAGUAUCUCGAGGCGUGCAUCAAGGAGAACUUGAGGAUGCACCCUAUCGCAUCCGAGAUGGGCCGUCGGACGGGCGGUGAGUGGGUUGAGAUCAUGGGCUACAGGCUUCCGCCUCACACCGUCGUCAGCGCCAGUUACAGGGCUCUGCACUUGAAUGAGGAGCACUGGCCCCAGGCGCAGCGGUUCUGGCCCGAGCGGUGGUUGCCAGAGGGCAAGAGAGAGGGCGCACCAGCUCCCGAUAUGGAUGCGUACUAUCCCUUCUCCGGCGGGAAGCACUCCUGCAUAGGCAUCAACUUCGCCUGGGCCGAGAUGCGCAUGGUGGCCGCCAACAUCUUCAGCCGCUUCGAUGCCAUCGAGGUGCCUGGUCAGGACAUUGACUUCAGGCAGUACAUCACAAUGCAGUUUGCCAGUGGCCACUGGCAGGUCAAACUCAAGCCAAGGCAAAGGGGUCCUGAGGCUCUCGAGGGCCCCUUUGACCCUUUCACGGGUGAGCACACGAGCCAACGGCCCUUCGAAUUUCCCGCCCCUCCCGCACUUCGGCUGUGCCAGCCACAGGAGCUCGCCAGGCUGAAGGUACCCAACGACGUUCCCGUUCAGGUGCUGGAGGGGAUGCGCAACAGAAGAGGCCACAAAAGGUAUGUCAACUACCCAACGAGGCUGUUCCACCUCAGACCGCAGUCUAACCUCAGGAUGACUGACGACUUGGACUGGGAGAAGGCUUUCCUCUGGCAGAAGGUCUCCAACCCCCAUUGCGAUGCCAGCUGGAUCCAGGAGUUCCCCUGCCCAGCGCUGGACCUUCCCUUGGAAGACUUCCCGGGGGAAAUCCUCAGGCGGGGUCUGGCAAUGGGGGCAAGUAAGAGAACCGUUCGUGAGUCGCUCGAUUUUGCCGCAGCCGUCCUCAACGCAGCUGGCAGAGACCCAUCGGAGCCCGCCCCAGUCUCGGAGGUGCCAUGGCGGAACAUCAAGGUUAUGGCGCUAAAUAUCAUCAGAAGACUCGAGAGGAAAAACAACAGUGAGGCUGCCGUCAUGGCCGCCAGGGUCAGAGAGCACCAGAAAGCCAGAGAUGACUACCGGUCCUUCUUCCGGUUCCGGGACUCGGACCGCAAGCCCUUCGGCAUGGGGUUCCGAGGCACGCGGGACGUCCUGCUGCUCGACGACGAGUACCUGACCGACUUCCUCAGCCGCGCCGGCCAGCGCGGCCCGCUCGGACAGCGCAAAAGGUCCGACGUGAAGCUUGUCUCUUUCCUGAACAGCCUUGACGCGGCAAAGGUGACCACGGUCGCGGUGUCGGCGAGGGCUUUCGGGCAAAGGAAGACCAGAAGGUACCUCUGCUACGCCGUCGUGAGGACCUUCCCCAACCUCCAGCGGCUGCUGCUCACCUCGAUCGGCACCACCGACCUGGACCGCGAGCGCCCGUCGUCGACCGCGUCCCAGUACGCCCGGUUCGUCGAGAUCCAGGACUUCGCCGACCGUGAGGUCCGCGAGAACGGCGGCAGCAGCUUUGUGGCCCAGCCCCGCGAGGACGCCGCCGCCCACUUCGACGUUGCCAACAUGUCCUCGGAGCUUAUCGAGGCCACGGGCGCCUACGCGGACGGCAGGGGCAGGGUGCUGGAUGGCGAUCCCGCGCGGACGCCCCUGGUCGCCUACGGCGUCGCAGCAGGCCUCCUGCACGACCCGGCGGCGCAAGCCCGGGACGACAACAAGUUCGAACCGCCCCUCGUGGAUGACGUGCAGUUUUACUUAUCUGCCGCGUUCCAGGUCUUCAUGCGCCGGAGGGAAGCCGCGGCGCAGGCGACGCGAGCGGAAACACUAUCCAAGCUCAACGGCCGUGGAACGAUGCUGCCUCGGCCGGUGCGCGGCCCUCCCGGGUCCGCGCAGCCCGUCGCCAGGCUGUACCGCCGUACAGAGGUCAUCCCCGAGGGCUUUUUGGAGUGGGUCGUGGAGCACCAGGCCAAGCUCCGCAGGCGCGCGGCAUGGGACGAGGAUGCUUCGGAGACGGAUCCCGAGUCGGAGGCGUCGCUGCCGGCGGCCGAGGUCGGGCCUGUGGACAGGGAGUAUGCGCGGGUUGAGCCGUUUUUGCUGGUUUACAACCGAGAUUCCUUUGAUAGGAACGUGCAGAGUGGGUGGGCGGGAUUCGGCCCUGGCGUUGAUAUGUCUCACUUUGGUAGGGCACAAUGA